AUGUCAUUUCGGAGUCUAAUUUUACUGAGAUUAUUUGAGGAGGUGGAAGGAUUUGGUUUGUGGUUUUGGACAGAGGACCAUUUGAGGAAUAUGAUUGAUGAGUUUGAGAAGAUCAAGCAACAAUUAGCAGAGUGUUUGGGAAUUCCAUGA